AUGCCCAAAGAUGUACAAAAGCGAGGGCGUCGCAUGAAGCGAAAAGCUGAAGACGUCCCUGAAGACUCUCGCCCAGAAGCCAGCUCCAAGCGACUAAAGGAAGUCGAGAAAUCCGCCAUGCCUUCCUACCAUGCUGACGAGGACAUGUCCGGAGCUUACCCUGCAGCCGAAAAGGUCUUCUUUGGCAUGCUCGACGAUGAUGAGCAAGAGUAUUUCAAGCGUGCUGAUGAAAUGCUGGAACUGGACCAAUUUGGUGAUGGCGAGGAGCGAAAAUUGUUCCUCGAAAGUGUCUACCGGGAAGCAGACGGCAAGGAAUUGAAAAUCGCCCACAGUCAAUCUUGCUCACGACUAUUGGAACGUCUCAUUCGAGUGUCAAAUGCUGCCCAGCUCAAGAACCUCUUCCAAAAAUUCAGCGGAAACUUCAUGCACAUGCUAUCGCAUCGAUUUGCUUCUCACUGUUGCGAAACCCUAUUCACAUACGCGGCUCCACUGGUUAGUGAAGAGUUGACCUCUGGAAAGCGCAAAGACAGCACAUCCCUUCGGGAUGCCAACAAUGUCCAUGUCACUCUCGAAAACCUCUUCCUGUAUACGCUUGCGGAGUUGGAAGGCAACAUUGGGUUUCUUCUGACCGAUCGCUACGCAUCGCAUGCACUUCGAGUCCUUCUUCUCGUGUUAUCCGGAGAGCCAAUCACCACGGAGGCGACCAAGCAUCUGCUUCACAGCAAACGCAAAGAAGGCGUUCCGAAUGGCGGGCCCGUCAAAGCCAGCGAUCAAACCGCGGAAGAGAAGCGUGCCGUGCCAAAGGCAUUCUCGUCGGCACUAGAAAAGCUCAUCAAAGACAGCGUCGCUGGUCUUGAUACUGCUAGCCUCCGUGCACUCGCCACUCAUCCUUCUGCAAAUCCAACCCUACAACUCCUUCUCACGAUUGAACUCACACACUACGGCAAGCAGCGUGCAAAAGAGGACAAGUCUAUCAUCAAAACAUUGCUUCCAGACGAUCCGUUCACGGCAGACUGCGAGAGUGCCGGAUUCAUCAGCGGGUUGGUAUACGAUUCGAUCGGUGCUCACCUUGUGGAGAGGAUCAUCGAACAUGCGCCCGCAAAGUUGUUCAAAAGCCUUUACAAUAAUUUCUUCAAGGAGCGGCUGGCGUCCCAUGCGAAGAACGAGGUUGCCACUUACGUUGUCUGUCGGAUUCUCUGCCGUCUGGGACACGAUGAUCUUGCUGAGGCSCACGAAAUCCUCCUUCCGGUCAUUCCGGUCCUUCUGGAACGACACUGGACCAGUCUGACACGCGCGCUCAUCGAACGCUGCACCGUACGAGACGUCGAUACACAUGCACUCGCUGACACAAUCGGCCAAACCUACCGUGGACCGGAUGGCYUCGACGUAAAAAAGCUGCUCCACCUCGACCACAAAGCAGAGGGAAAGGAGGAAGUAGUCACAUCAAUCUCUGGAGAGGACGCAUACCUCUCCCGCCCAGGAGGUCCCUCCAAGGUCCACUUCAACAUUCUCGCACAAGCGAUGCUCAUCAUCCCCGGCUCGCUUAGUGAACUGAUACUUGACGCGGUCAUUGCUUUGGAAUCAGAUACACUCAUCAAGAUGGCACAAGAUAACGUCGUCAGCCGAACGCUGCAAAAAGCAUGCACAUCAAAACACGCCUCCAUGAUACAACGUCGCAAACUUGUGCAGCGCUUCUAUGGAAACUUUGGCGAUAUGUCUAUGGACAAAUCCGCAUCUCGACUUGUGGACUGCAUUUGGGAGGGCACACACGGCCUUGCUUUCAUCCGCGAACGCAUUGCCGAGGAACUGUUUGAGAACGAGGCGGAGCUGCGAAACUCGCCCAGUGGUCGUGCAGUUUGGAAGAAUUGGAAGAUGGACUUGUAUAAACGCCGCAGAGCAGAAUGGGUCACUCAGUGCCGAAACAUGGCCGGCAACGAUGGAUUCCAGAGCUUUUCCGAGUUGGAUGAAGUUGCCAACAAAGCCGCUUCCGCUGGUGGGAAGAGCGCAUUACAACUGGCGCGGGAGCGUCACGUAGCGAACAAGGCGAAGAAGGCCAAAGAGGAGAGUGCCCGAGGUCGGACAAUGGCGAGGAACGCGACGAAUGCCAACGCAACCGGCUCAAAUAGAACGACUGCAGCUACUUGA